AUGUUAAACGUUAAUAUUGAUUUUUAUUAUUGUGACCCUCAACCAGAAGACGUAGACAUUAACAAGGUAGACUUUCCAUUAGUGGAAUCAAUAAUGAUAGAUCCAGAAUUUGAAACAGUAAAUAUUUUAUUAACACAGAGUCCAUGUGGAAAACUUCACGCUGACAGAAUUACAGACGUUGAAGCACUCACAGGAUAUAAAGUUUGCCCCUUUUGCAAAGAAGAAGUAUAUUCUAUCCGUGAUGAUCCAGAAAGGAAAAACCAAAGAAGAUUUUUAAAACAUUGUGAGAAAUGUAAAGAAAAUAAUGGAAGAUUAAUUCAAGACGUUCAAUUGCAAAACACACAACAACCAUAUGCACCACAUAUCACGAAACAGAAGAUAUAUCAAUGGCUAUUAGCACAUAAUUUGCAGGAAUAUUAUAAACCAACAAGAUAUUAUAUUACUUUUGACUUCGAAACAUUAGAGACUAAAGAAGAACUUCAACUUUCUGAAUGUGCAACUUUGAACGCUUACUUAAAACCAUUUAUGGUAUCAUCAACUGUCAAAAUAAAGCCGCAAAGCGGCGAGGUCGUAGACCGUGAUAAAACAUUUACGAGGAAUUUUUGCUUAACAUCAAGUGAUUCGUUCAUCUCUGAUUGGAUUGAAUUUUUAUUUUCAACCUGUUCAUUAGUUGCUAAAUCAAAUAUUGAACAAUAUGAAGAAUUAAUGAAUACAUUAAAUGAGAAACAAAAGGAAGCAAUGAAAGAGCUUUUAGAUGAAGAAUUUAAUAAAGUGAAUAUCAUUGGUUUUAAUUCAGGAAAGUUUGAUUUAAAUUUAAUUCUUCGUGAUUUAAAUACUGCAAAAUGGAAGAUAAAAUCAAUGCUGGGUUCUUCUUCUCAAUUUAAGCAAGUCAUAGUAAAGAAAACAAACUGUCCAUAUGAAUUAAGAUUUAUUGACAUCAGAAAUUAUAUAGCGGGUGGAACAUUAGACCAAUUCACUCAAGAUUUCGGAAACAAUAAAUCACGUGUUAAAUCCUUUUUCCCUUAUCAAUUCAUCACAUGGGAGAAUUACGAAGAUGAAUUAUAUAAAAGGAACCAUUCACUCAAGAUUCAUUUUAUUCAGCAUUAA